AUGAAAUUCCAAAACCAAACACUUGUCUCAGAAUUCCUUCUCCUGGGACUGACAGAUGAUCCAGAAAUGCAGCCUCUCAUUUUCAACCUAUUCCUACUUAUCUACCUUGUCACCAUUGAGGGAAAUCUGCUCAUCAUCCUGGCCAUCAGCUCAGACUCCCACCUCCACACACCCAUGUACAUUUUCCUCUCCAACCUGUCCUUUACUGACAUCUGUUUAAGCACCACCACCAUCCCAAAGAUGCUAGUCAACAUCCAUACACAGGAUCAGAGAAUCAGUUACACAAGCUGCUUCUCUCAGCUUUGUUUUGCAUUAGUUUUUGGCUGUUUAGAAAAUUGUAUCCUUGUGGCCAUGGCCUAUGACCACUAUGUGGCCAUUUGUCAGCCCCUGAAAUACAUGGUCAUCAUGCACCCCCGCCUCUGUGUCCUGCUGGUUCUACUCUCCCUGCUCGUGAGCAUUGUGCAUGGUCUGCUCCACAGUCUCGCAGCACUGCCACUGUCCUUCUGCAUAAAUGUGGAAAUCCCACACUUCUUCUGUAAACUUGCUCAGAUCCUCAAGAUUACCUGUUCUGAUACCUUUAUCAAUGCUAUGCUGAUGUAUUCAGCAGCAAAUGCAUUUUUUAGUGUUCCUCUCAUUGGAAUUAUUUUCUCUUAUGUUAAAAUUGUCUCCUGCACUUUGGGAAUGCCAUCAGUUGGGGGAAGGUAUAAAGUUUUUUCCACCUGUGGAUCUCACCUUUUUGUUGUUUUCUUUUUCUAUGGGACAGGUUUUGGUAUGUACUUGAAUUCUACAUUUAGUAACUCUUCCAAUAAGAAUGCAGUGGCUUCUGUAAUGUAUAUUGUUGUCCCUCAGUUGAUGAACCCUUUUAUCUAUAGUUUUAGGAACAAGGAAAUGAAGACAGCUCUGAGGCGUCUCAUUACUUGGAAGCCUUUUAUAUGUUGGGGUCAUGGGCUUUGA